AACCGCUCAACAAAGAGCACGGAGUACAAUCAUGGAAAAUAUCAGAACUGCGUUCUGCGUAGCGGGGUAUUGUUGAGAGAUCUGUCCAUCGAAAUACUCUUAGUCACAGAGAAAGAUUAUAAACUGUCUCUCUGUUUUUGUUUUUUUAAACAGGAUCAAUUUGACAACUUAGAAAAACACACACAGUGGGGAAUUGAUAUUCUUGAGAAAUACAUCAAAUUUGUAAAGGAAAGAACAGAGAUUGAACUCCGCUUUGCAAAGCAACUCAGGAACCUCUCGAAGAAAUACCAACCCAAAAAGAACUCGAAGGAGGAAGAAGAAUACAGGUAUACGGCGUGUAAAGCCUUCCUGUCCACCCUGAACGAAAUGAACGAUUACGCGGGGCAGCAUGAAGUCGUCUCCGAGAACUUGACCUCACAGAUCCUCGCGGGGUUAGCACGCUAUGUCCAGGAACUGAAGCAGGAAAGGAAAUCGCACUUUCACGACGGACGGAAGGCCCAGCAGCACAUAGAGACCUGCUGGAAGCAGCUCGAGUCGAGCAAGCGGCGAUUUGAGCGGGAUUGCAAGGAGGCUGACCGGGCGCAGCAGUACUUUGAGAAAAUGGAUGCUGACAUCAACGUCACAAAAGCGGAUGUUGAAAAGGCACGACAGCAAGCUCAAGUACGUCAGCAAAUGGCAGAGGACAGCAAAGCUGAUUACUCAUCGAUUCUUCAGAAAUUCAACCAUGAGCAGCGCGAGUAUUACCACACUCACAUUCCCAACAUAUUCCAGAAAAUACAGGAGAUGGAGGAGCGGAGGAUAGUGAGACUCGGAGAAUCCAUGAAGACCUAUGCGGAGGUCGACCAGCAGGUGAUCCCAAUCAUUGGGAAGUGCUUGGACGGAAUAGUGAAGGCGGCCGAGUGCAUUGAUGAGAAAACUGACUCACAGCUGGUCAUAGAGGCCUACAAGUCGGGGUUUGAGCCUCCCGGAGAGGAAUUUGAGGAUUACACACAGCCGAUGAAGCGCACCGUGUCGGAAAACAGCCUUUCCAAUUCCAGAGGAGAAGGCAAAGCAGAGCCCAAAUUCGGGGGCAAACCCAAAGGAAAGUUGUGGCCGUUCAUCAAGAAGAACAAGCUUAUGUCCCUUUUAACAUCCCCCCAUCAGCCUCCCCCUCCUCCCCCUGCCUCUGCCUCACCCUCUGCUGUUCCCAACGGCCCCCAGUCUCCCAAGCAGCAAAAGGAACCCCUCUCCCAUCGCUUCAACGAGUUCAUGACCUCCAAACCCAAAAUCCACUGCUUCAGGAGCCUAAAGCGAGGGACUCAGUCUUUCUGUUUCCACAAAGAACUCAAGAAGAGGACGAUAGGGAGACCCACGUAUGCUUUUGAAGCUAGGGACUAUGUUCUUUCUCUCAAGCUGGGUGCAGCGCCGGAGGACUUCAGCAACCUCCCGCCCGAACAGAGAAGGAAGAAGCUCCAACAGAAGGUCGACGAAUUAAAUAAAGAAAUUCAGAAGGAGAUGGAUCAAAGAGAGGCCAUCACCAAGAUGAAAGACGUGUACCUGAAGAACCCUCAGAUGGGAGACCCAGCCAGUUUGGACCACAAAUUAACAGAAGUCAUCCAAAAUAUAGACAAGCUGCGGCUCGAGGCCCAGAAGUUUGAGGCCUGGCUGGCGGAGGUGGAAGGCAGAACUGCGGCCCGGGAGAGCAGCCCGGAUGGCAGUUACACGGAGGAGCAGAGCCAGGAGAGCGAGGUGAAGGUGCUGGCCACGGACUUCGACGACGAGUUUGACGACGAGGAGCCACUGCCCGCCAUCGGGACGUGUAAAGCGCUCUACACCUUCGACGGUCAGAAUGAAGGAACCAUUUCAGUAGUUGAAGGGGAAACGCUGUACGUCAUAGAGGAAGACAAAGGUGACGGGUGGACCCGCAUUCGGAGAAAUGAAGACGAAGAGGGCUACGUCCCCACCUCAUACGUCGAAGUGUAUUUGGACAAAAAUGCCAAAGGUGCUAAGACUUAUAUUUAAUACAGCUUUUUAAAAACUUUUUAAAAGCAAUUGGAGUUGUUUCUCCCCACAACUGUGACUGCUCCAGGCAGUUCUUCAAAAGCCUGGCCGGAGAGCCGCCCGCAGAGCCUGGCUCGGGCCGCUCCGAAUUCCUUGGCUAGUCUUGACUAGUAUCGAGUUUCGCUUGCUGAUGGCAUUUAUGUGGAAAGCUGCCAACUGCCAGUUUACAGCUGUGGCAUUUGAAGUCGGGUAAACACGUCUCCUUCCGGCAGCAUCUGUAGAUAACAACAAAAAGUUGCCUUCUAGCUUCUAAUCAAUAAUCCCCAGUUUCAAAGGCCACCCCCCCCCCCUGGCACAGCAGAUUCAGCCCUCAUUUGUAUCUCGUGUCUGCCACCAAUGGAACUACCAUAGGUUACAUUCUGUAACUUAGUACAUUGAACUAUGCUAGUUUGUUACAUUUUACAGUCAUUGACUUUGGAGGAAGUCAUAAAUAAAGCUCUUCCUCCUUGAAUAAAAGAAGCAAGUAGAAGAUUCA